AUGCAUCACAUCUUCGUAAUUGCAAGCUUCGCAGCUUCUCUCUUUCUACCCGCCACUGCUGCGCCAGUCAACUCUCGAAAUGUCACGGCACCCAGCGGUGGUGACAUCUCCAUCCUCAACUAUGCCUUGACCUUGGAGUUCUUGGAGAGACGGUUUUACACUGAAGGCUUGCAGAACUUCACUGCGCAAGACUUCCAGAACGCUGGAUUCUCUCCCGAUUUCUAUGAGCAGAUGAAGACUGUUCUCAAGGAUGAGCAGACGCAUGUUGACUUCCUGGCCGGAGCUCUAGGCCCCAAGGCCAUCCAAGAACCCACAUUUUCCUUCCCAGUCAAGGAUGUUCACUCUUUCAUCGGCCUCUCCUCUGUCCUCGAAGGUGUUGGAACUUCGGCGUAUCUGGGAGCUGCCCCAGCCAUUGCCGACAAGAGCAUUCUCACAUCGGCUGGAUCCAUCUUGGCUGUCGAGGCUCGGCAUUCGUCCUAUAUUCGUGCGGCCCUAGGCCAGAAGCCGAUUCCCAACCCUUUCGACACUCCUCUCGGCUUUAACCAAGUCUUUUCUUUAGCCGCGCAGUUCGUGACUGGCUUCGCACCCGGUACCAACCUGCCCUUCAAGGCGUUCCCCCCACUGACGGCGACGAACCCAACUGCAUCCCCAACCUACCAAGCCGGUCAGGGGAAUGUCGUCUUGACCAAUGCAUUUCAAAACGCCAAGAGUGCCGGAUCCGUCACUGAGGAUACCAAGGUAUUCGCUGUUUUCUUCUCGGGCUUGCAGACGUACCAUGUCCCAGCUAUUCGCUCUGGUAAUGAUUAUACUGCCCCUAUCCCCGGGGAGAACUUCUCCAAGGCAGGGCAGCCGGCUCCGGCGGGUCAGGUAUAUCUCGUACUCAGCACUGCAGACGGGAGCGAAAACAAUACAGUCAGCGACGAGAACACCAUCUCUGGCGUUGCCAUUCUGGAGGUCGAUAAUUAA